AGCAAACCCGAUAUGUUCCUUGUACUUUAAAACAACUCUUAUUAUAAUAUCACGACACGACCAUGUCGUUUGGUAUGAAAGAUGAACACAGGCAGCUGUUACGGCGGCACAGAGCAGAGAUGGCGAAGGUGCUGGAAACCGACAAAGUCGUCGAAAAUCUAAUCGUUGAUAAUACAAUUGAUGAAGAAGAUGAACAAAAUAUUAAAGGCAAGCCUACGAAAAUUGCCAAGGCCAGAGAACUUGUUGAUAUCAUAUGUCGUAAAGGACCAAACGCAUUUAAGAGGUUUGUAGAAGCUUGUGAAAAACCUCAUCCUGAACUAGCAAAGAAAUUAAAAGAAGAAGGUUGGCUUGAACACAAAGUCCAUGCACAGCAAGAAGUUGAUGCCACUGACAGUGCUAUCCACAAGGUCUGUAAUGAACUAACAGUAUCAGAAUGUAAAAACUUAUCUCGGAAACUCAGAUUAACUCAAGAUGAAAUUGAUGGCAUUGGGCAAACAUAUCCACGUGAUGCUGAAAUGCAGAAGGAGUCAAUGUUAUAUCUGUGGAAAAAAAAGUGUCCAUACAAGCCGUCUAUGCAUGUAAAUGAGUUAUAUCACAAAUUGGUUGAGUUGGAAUUGAAAAAUGUUGCAGAAAAUCUGAAACCUUUUUUAUCAGCAGAAGACGCGACAGGUCAAGCCAUCUCAAUUAUCUGUAAAGAAUUAAUCCUACAAGAUUGUAAGAAAUUUUGUCUUGCUCUUGAUGUGACCAGAGUUCAGAUUGAUACGAUUAUACAUAAUAAUCCGGAUGAUAUUGAAACUCAGAAAUAUUCAAUGUUGGAUUCAUGGAAAAGACGAUGUGGGUCAAAGGCUACAGCAUCAGUGUUACAUCGCAAACUAGUUGAGAUGAAAUUCUUGGAUGCUGCUGAAAAAGUGCAAUCUUUACCUUUAUCCCAAGGUAGUAGUGCAUCUGAUGAUCUUGCCUCUGGAUUAGAGAAAGUAUCAAUAAGUAGUAGUGCAUCUGAUGAAUUUCCCUAUGCAAUUCAGGAGACAUCACGAAGUCAAACUAAAAAUGCUACAAAAAUCCGUCCAUCACAGCCUGCAGUACCACCCUGUACAACUGUCACAGCUUCACAGCUACAGUGUACUGCAAAACCACCAAGCACUUCACCUCCUAGCAACACCUCAACUCUUUUUUCCGAGGAAGAAUUCACAGAGGCAUUAGAGAAUCUUGACCCUUUAAAUCAAGAUCAGUGUAAAGUACUGGGAUACACAUUGAAGGAGGGUGAGAUCUCAUGCGAGGUGCUAGAAUACAUGAAGUUUUGGGAAACUCAAAUGCAAAUGACAGCCUACAGAUUGGUUUGCAAGUUACGAAAAUUUGAGAGAAUGGAUGUGGUUAAAGUCCUUCGAAAAUAUCUCCCAUCAGGAACCACAGGUCCCAGGAGGCCAAGAAAUAUGCAUAUCAAAAGUCUUGAUUAUGGUGAACUUGACGAUUUCUGUAGAUGUUUGAGUGUUAGACAACCAAACGGAAUGGAUUGGCGAACAUUUGCUGCUAAUCUCGGAAUUGGAAAAACACUCAUUGAUCUCUGGGACCAACAGGAAAAUAAACUACCAAUGCACAAACUUAUGUCAAUCUGUGAAACACAGAGUGAUGCUACCAUUGGAAAGUUUUAUGAUGUCCUUGUUAAAAUGGAUUUGCCACAUAUUGCAGACGAAUACUUAUAA